AUGGCUGAUCGUCCACCCGAGCUCGGCCCAGGGCAGAUGCCCUCGUCUUUCGACUCCAACCCCGACUUCCACCAGGAAAAGGCCCUGCGAAAGGUUGUCCGCAAGGUCAAGGAGGAGCCCCUCGUCCCCCUCGGUAUCGGCCUCACGGUCUUUGCCUUUGUCAAUGCGUACCGCGCGCUGCGCAAGGGCGACUCCCAGCAGGCCAACCGCAUGUUCCGCGCCCGUGUCAUGGCCCAGGGCUUCACCGUCGUCGCCAUGGUCGCCGGCAGCAUGUACUACAGCAAGGAUCGCGAGAAGACGGCAGAGCUCAGAAAACUGAAGGAGCAGAGAGAUGCCGAGGAGAAGAGACAGAAGUGGAUCCGCGAGCUGGAGGCACGAGACGAGGAGGAGCAGAGACUCAAGAGGAGGCUGCAGAGGAAGGCCGCCGAGGGCGCCGCCCAGGCCGAGAGCAAGGUGCAGGAGGAGCUCGCCGGUGGUGAGAUCGGAAACACAGAAGGCACUGGCGGCAUCCUUGGGAAAAUGGGCUUGUGGCAGCAGGGCGAGCAGGCCGCCGCUGAAGCGAAGGCGAAGGCUGAGGAGGUUGCAGAUAAUGUGGAGAAGGAGGUCAAGGAGAGGAACCCGAAGAGCUCGUUAGGGACGUUGGGCGAGAUGAUGUCGUCACAAAACAAGGACGGGCCCAAGAAGUAA